GCUCGCUGGGACGGGGAGGGUGAUAGUUAAAAAGUCAGCCUCUCAGCCAUUGUUCUUGUUCUUGAAGUUUGGGAACGUCACCGGACGGCGCUGGUCGGGUGCCGGACGGCGGUCUGUCGUUAUGACGGCAACCGGUCCGAGGCUGGGGGUCCUGCUGUUGGUGGCGGUUCUGCUGCAGACGGUGGUCGUGACCAUCACCGUGCUGCACUUCAGCACGUCUCUCAACUCGAUGAAGGAGACCUUCGCCAGGAGCAGUGUGUCUUGUCUGAUGGGCUCAGACCUGCAGAGCAUCACGGCUGGACGAGGAGAUCCAUGCUGGCAGGUCACACAGCAGCUUCACCUGCUCAUUGAGAAGUCUCUGUCUCAGCGCUACCAAAGGCAGCUUUCAUCAGCAGUGAAAGAUGAAGUAUCUCGGGUGCUGCCCUCACUUGUGAUGGAGGAUAAGGCUUCAGCUCGCCCAAAGGUCGCAGCACAUGUCACCGGGAGCUUUGUGCUCAAAGUGGAGCAAGAACAGGGAGCUCCAAUCUCCGCUGGGAGACAAGUUAAAGGCCAGAAGAUCUCCUGGUGGGAGGGGCGGAAGGGGCUGGCGUUCCUCCACGACGUCCAGCUGGUGGAUGGCGAGCUGGUGGUGUCGCAGCCGGGCCUCUACUACAUCUACGCCCAGACCUAUUUCAGACACACACACUCCGCGGAGGAGGAGGGCGAGGACGGCGAGGGGGCAGAGGACAGGGGGCAGCCCCUCCUGCAGUACGUUUACAAAAAGGUGAGCUCCUACACAGUCCCCAUUCUGCUGAUGAAGACCAGUCGGACCUCCUGCUGGUCCCGGGGCUCGGACUACUCCCUCUACUCGGCCCACCAGGGCGGGCUGUUCCCGCUCAGCCCCGGCGACCGCCUCUUCGUGACCGUGACCAACGCCUCUGCUGUGGACAUGAGCGAGAUGAGCAGCUUCUUCGGAGCGUUUCUUAUCAGUUAGAAGACUCUGGGAGUCGGUCCGAGGAAAAAAUCCAAGAGGCACAACAGCCUUUUUGAGGAAUGCAUCAAACUGCUUGACUUUACAGGGAUGCCUCUUCUUUAAAAGAAAAGAAAAGACAACUUCACAAACUCAAGAACUUUGACAACAGAGGUGACACAGUAACAUUCUAAGAGCUCGUCAAACUCAACAACCUUGUUUUUGAGAGGGCAAACCAAAUCAUGGACGUGGUAGAAAUUGCCAUGCCAAAGACUUUUUUGAUUGUGAUGCAGUCUCAGUUUUAAAGAACAUUGUGGAUAGUUGGAUUUACUUUCCAAAACAACAAUUGCUUUUCCUCAUAUCCAAAACACAUUGAGUGCUAGUACUACUUUUAGUUCCUCACGUUUUACUCGCAGUAGGUACAGCUGAUGCAAAGUCAGACAGAAAUAUUCUCUUUAAUUCACGUUCUAUGUCAUUUUCUUCUAGUCUGUAAGCUGUUUCUGUCAUAGGUUUUAUAUAAAGUUACAGUGUGUAGCAUUACUGAUAAUACUGUGGCAAUAGUUAACGUGUAUUAGUUCAGUAAGGGUUAAUCGCCUUAGAAUGUAGCAUCUCUAUCGGAUUAUGCAAACUUUAAUGGUUCCACUCAGGAAAACAGUAUUUGCCUCGCCUUUGUGCUCCAUCUGAAACACCUACAACCAUAAAACACACCUAAUAUUCAGAAGAUGAAGAAGAAAAAUAUGUGGGAGAACUCCGCUAAAAGGGAAGACUUUUAUGUCAAGCUAAAGCAGGGAGUGGUGCGUGGAUUAAUAUCCAAACAAAAACCAAAGAAAAAACAAGAAAAGAUAAUCAGAAAAAGGCAGCAAGCAAGAAAAAACACUGAAUUAGCAUUUCUUCUAUUCUGGAAUUAUAACCAAAGAGACAACUUUACCAGUAAGUGUCAGUAAUUGUUACACUCUGUAACUUUUGUGUCUUUUCUAUCUUUCAAGCGAAUUAGAGCUGAAACCCUGACUUAAGACUUUUUUUUUUUUUAAAGGGCACAAAAUUAAAAAAGCCUGUCGCAACCAAAAUAUUAUCCAUGGGAGGUUUAUAGUUAUGCUUUUGUCAGCCACCAGAGGGGAAACAAAUGUAGCCGCAAGUCACUGUAAAAACUUCAUGGCCUCAUUCCUCUCACAAAUGUUUGCUGAAUCUCUGGAUGCGUUUGAAGAUGUACAUAUUGUUAAAUAUUUGAGUGUACUUUAUUUUUCUAACAAGCCUUUAAAUGUGGUGUCUGGAGCUCUUUCUGGUGUCUCCCCUCUGCAGUAAACUCUGAUGGAAGUAGGAACCUAAAAAGGUGAUAUAGUAAAGAGACAUGGCUGUGUGUUGAUGGUCAUAUUACAAGAUUUGCUUUGUCUCUUUGAGCUUUUGAAACGAUAUGUUCUCGUUGUGGUGUCUCCCUCUGCUUUGUCCACUGCAGCCCAUCUCCAAGUGCAGAGUCAUGUUUUCUUUUCCAAGCAGAUCUGAUGUCUUCUGUGUGGUGUGAUGAGCCGUUAGAUAAAGCCCCAGGGGGUAGGACAUAAUUAUCAGUUAAAGGAAGGUUUUAAUUUAAAUUUGAUCAGUAAUUGAAGCUUGAAUGUGUCCAUGAAAUGAAAUCAGACGUAUUAUUCUUUCUACUUAAGUAAUUCACCAUCACUGACCGCAAAAACGUAUUUUUGUAGGUGAUCUGCUGGUAUUUUAGGGUUUAUCAUAUCUGGAAAAUCAUUUUAAAUGGUUGGUAAUGCAGGACUGUGCCAGUCAGGGGGCUUGCAGAGGAGUGGCUGCCUUAUUGGCCUGCUUGUAUCUCUAAUUUUCUGGAUAUAAUAAAAACAUUUUAGGUAGUGUUCAGCCACAUCUUGUGGCCCACGUCAGCUGAAUACUUUAACACAUUAAAGUGACACAACACACGCAGACACUAAGAUGCCGAAGGUUGCUCUGCACCAAGUCUAAUUUUGGUUACAAAAACUGAUGCAAAAAAAAGUUAAAAAAAUACUUACAUUGGAGUAUCUGAUAGUGUGACUCAAGCACUUUCUAUAGAAACACUGUUCCUAUUUAAUUAUGAAACAUUUCACAAGAUUUAAGUGAUUGAAAUGUCACAUGAGCAGCACCAAAGAUCCACAACUGCACACAGAUCAGGUUUGGAUAGUAAAUUGUCAAGACAGAAAACAGCUGAAUGUGAAUGUAAAUACAUGUCUUUGAAUGUAUAAAUGUGCAAAAAUAAAGACACUGUAAAAAGAGCCAAUAAGUGUAUAUUUUCUGUGUUUGGCAGCAUCUCAGGCAACAUUCU